AUGGCUCUCGUGCAGAAGCUCCUGCACCUCACCAACUUCUCGUCCCCCUUCCUCCGGACGGUGGUGCCAUCCGUGUCAGCCGCCUUCGCCAUCCAGGCUGCCUUUGCCGUGCCCUCCAUAGUAGCCCAGACGGAGCGGUUCUACGACUUCUCAGGCGCCCUCACCAACAUCAGCAUCGUCGCCCUGAGCCUGUACCUGCCGGCCCUGCGCGCCAAGUAUGCCGGGGGGGCCGCCGCGGCCGCGGGCAAGGCCCUGCCGAGCCUGCUGACGCCCUUCACCAACCCGGCCGCCGCGGGCCUGAACUGGCGACAGGUCGCGCUCACUGGCUUCGUGACGUUAUGGGCCGCCCGGCUGGGGGCGUACCUCUUCCAGCGCGUGCUCCGCGACGGCCACGACUCCCGCUUCGACGAGAUCAAGAAGUCCACGCCCAAGUUCUUCGUCGCCUGGAUGGCCCAGGCGACCUGGUGCUCCCUGAUCUGCCUGCCCGUCAUCGCGCUCAACGCCGUCCCCGCGUCCGCGUUCGCCGCCAUCCCCGGCCUGAGGCUCACCGACGUGCUGGGCGUCGCGCUGUGGGUCGGGGGCAUCACGCUCGAGGCCACCGCCGACAAGCAGAAGUCGCAGUGGCUCAAGGAGAAGCGCGAGAAGAAGCACUCGGAGGACUUUAUGACCCGGGGGCUCUGGCAGCGCAGCCAAUAUCCCAACUACUUCGGCGAGUCGACCCUCUGGACUGGUAUCGCGACCACUGCGGCGGGAGUCCUCGCGAGCCAGCCCAUCCAGGCGGCCAUUGGAUUCAGCGGAGGUGCGGGUGGUAUCCUCGGUGCCCUGGCACUGGCCUACGUCAGCCCAGCAUUCACGACUUUCCUGGUCACCAAAGUGAGCGGCAUCCCCAUGUCGGAGUCGAAAUACGACAAGCGGUACGGCGACCGCAAGGACUACCAGCAGUGGAAGAAGAACACGCCCAAGUUCUUCCCCAAGCUGUUUUGA